AUGUUUGGGAAUUUGAAGUUUAUAUAUGAUGAAGCUCCUUUAUGGAAUGAAAAAAAAGUAAAAGAUAAAAAAGAAUAAAAGCUAACAACGUAUGUGAGAUUUGAUUAAUUAUAUGGAGACGGAAAAAGAAAAUAAAUUAAGAUUGAUUAAGUCAAGCAAGAAAAAAAACUUGAAUAGAUGCUUUAAGAAAUAGAAUUAGAAGAGUCUAAAAUGGGAAUUUCUACUGUAUCAAAAAAAUUAACGGCUAGUAGAAGACCUGACUAAUUUUAUGAAUAUAACAAGUAAUGGGCUAUGAAAGUAAAUGAAAAAAAGUAAUAACAAAGAACAGAACAUUUUAACCAAGCAAUUAACUAGCAAAUUGAAAGUUAAUAAAAAUCUUAGCAAAGGACUUUCUUCCAAGAAACCAUGCUGAAUAAUUAUAAUGGGCCAAUUUCAGGAUGGUAGCAAAGAUUUGAAAAUUAUUUAAAUACAAAAAUAAAAUUGUAAGAAGUUGGGGAACAAUAAAAUACAUUUCAACCAAAAAUAAAUGAAAACUCUAAAAAAAUGACUUCAUUUAGAGAUAAUACUCCUAUUGAAGAAAGACUCCUUAAAUAUGGAGAGGAAUUGAAAAUGAAAUAAGAAAUUAUUAGACAAUAGAUGGAUAUUCUAGCUCAAGAAAGUGAUGAAUUUGGGUAAAAAAAGCCUUCAAUCAAUAAAAAUUAUGUUUAUGGAGAGUCUGAUGGAAGCAAAGUUCAUGACAAAUUAUAUGAAUAUGCGAAAGUAUAUGAACAAAAAAUGUAAGAGCUUAAAAGUGAGGCCUAAAAUCAGUUUAACUUUAAACCUGCACUUAAUUAGAUGUCAGAAUAAUUAAAAGAAAAAAUCUAAUAAAAAAGGAAACCACUUUAUGAACCAAAAAAGAAGGAAUCUUUGGAGGAAAAGAAACCAUCAAAGCAGUUUAAUGUAUAGAAUUUUGAGUAAUUUUUAGAAAGGAAUUAUACAUAAUUUGAGAGAAAAUUAGAAAGAUUGCAAUAAAGAGAUGAUUAGGUCUAGGCAAAGGAAUUAGAAGAAUGUUCAUUUUAGCCAUAAAUAAAUAAAAAAAGUCUGACCAAAUCAGUAAUAGAUUCAGAAAAAACUCUUUAUGAAAGAGAAUAAGAAAAGCUUAGAAAGAAAUAAGAGUAGCUGUAAUAAUUGCAAGAAUAAAUUACAUAAGAAGAUUAAAAGAAUUGCACUUUUAAGCCUUAAAAAACAUUUAAUAUUAUUGAAGAAAGGAAAUAAAUCCAAGAAUAGAAUAAAAAGUUAAUUGAAAAGAAAAAGAGCACACCUGCAAUAAAAUAUCCCAAAGUUAGAAGUAAAACACUUGUAACUGAUAAAUAAAAAAAUGGAUAAAAUUUAUCUGAAUAAGAUCUUCAUAAUUCUUCAGAUGAUAACUUAAAAAGGAACAAUGGCAGUAACUAAUCAGAUGAAGACGAAAAAGAUAAAUUCUAAAAGGCGUUUUAAGACAGAUAUUAGAAUUCUAACAAUUAUUCCAAAUCAGUAAACUUUUAAAGCAUUCCUCAAAAUCAAUCAGUUUAAGCUGAUAAGAAUACAAAGAGAAGACAGAGAAGCCCUCUAAAAAGGCAAAGUCCUUCACCAAAAACAACAUUUAAAUUAAACUCCUCAUCUAAAAAAGGAAACAACGAAUUAAACUAAAGUAAAAAUGAUAGUGAUUCAAAGAAUAACUAAAGUUUCCUGAACAAUUUGCUCAAUAGCCAAAUAAAUAAAGGAAACUUCAAUUUAGAAUCUCUACUUAAUUAGAGCAUACAAAACUGGGGAGAGCAUUAUAAUUUAAGCCCAUCAAAGCUCAGCAAGAAAAAAAUACUUGAUGAAUUUAAUUAGAUAGAAAAAGAAAUAUAAACAAUUGUAAAAGAAGUUGAUCAAAUCAAAGAAAAAGAUGACAUUGAUAAAAGUAUUAAUAGCAGCACUAUUCCGAAACUAAGUAACUUUAAGACAUAUUCCUAAGGCAAUAAUGAUGGGUUUGACUCUAAACAUUCUUAAUUUCAUCCUUAAAUUAUAAUAGAAGAUCAUAAUAAUGAAGCUUGA